AUGCCCUUCUACGAAAUCCAUCAUUCUUGUCCUUUCACUCAGGACCAACGUCAAAGUCUAGCAGCCGCAAUUACAAGGCUUCACUGUGAAGCUUUCAAGACUCCAGCAUUCCUGGUCCACGUACGCUUCUUCGCAGAAGACAACACCAAUAACACUUACUUCGUCGCUGGAAAGUCUCACCCUCUAACAUCAAAUCGCAUCUCUGGAAAUGUUCGCACGUCGGCAGCCCGGUCGAAAGCAGAUUUCGAUGAUCUCGGUGCUAAGAUUGAAGCAGCUUGGUACCAAUCGCUUCAAAUCACGUCGCCGACUGAGAAGUCAACUUGGAGCGACGAGGAUGAGAAGACAAGGUUGAUUAUGGUGAAAUUUAUACCGCUAGUCACGAUUCGUGAGGGAGGAAUGGCUGCGCCACUGGCGGGUGACGAAAAAGCGUGGCUCAAAGAACAGCUGCCCCAUAUUGAGAGUAUGGCUAAUAAAGGCGUUGAGGAUUUUAUUGACUUCUGGAAUGAAAUCAAGGGGAGCAAGGGUCAGUGA